AUGUGUAGCCCGGGCCCCACCGUGUCAGGAGUCAGAGAAGAGAAAAUUUUCAAACGAAAAGCAAGACUCUCUUUCCUCUCUUUACUUCGCGCUGUCUCUCCACUUCCAGAUCUCUCUCUCCAAGUCACGCUCUGCUCUCUCUCCCUCCCGACUCACGCUCCGACGAACCACGCCGUCGCCUCCACCUCUGCCUCCGACGAGCCACGCCGUUGCCUUCGCCGUCCACCCUUCCUCGUCGAACCACGCCGUCUCUCUCUCGACUCGCUCCCUCCCGACUCACGCUCUGCGAACCACGCCGUCACCUCCGACGAGCCACGCCCUACUCUGUAUCACGCCGACGCCGCCUCCGCCUCGAAAGUCCUCUCUCUCGACUGGCUCUGUUCUCGCCGUCCGACGAACCACGCUGCCGCCGCCCUGCUCUGUACCACGCCACCGCCUCCUACGAAGCCUCGAGAGAAAGCUGUGAAAUUGAAGGAACUGCUCAAGAAGAGGAAAGUGUGGAAGAAGAGAUCAUGGCCUCAAAGAGAUGAUAACGCUCAACUGCUGUUUGCCCUCAUAGACGCGAAAUUAUGUUCCAUGGUUCUUAAGAUGGAGAGGAUCGUCAAAGGACAAUUGUUCUGGUGCGAAGAAAAGACAAAGAAACUGGAUUUGUCUGAUGGGAAGUUGCAUAGGGAUCCCUUUCCUAUCCUUUUUCCUUGUUGAAUGUCAUCGGAGAGAUUGUUUUGGUGAUUAGGCUUGGUGUAGAGACAAAAAUACUCAAAAAAACUUGCUUCUAUUUCAAUGGGCAAUACAGCAUCCGUCUGAACAGUCAUUGGUGGAUCAUAGAUUGAUUGUUGUAGAGCACGGUCGGUCAAUGCUACUGCCCUGGCGGCUAUUAAUUGAAA